AGCAAAAACUGACCUGGAUAACUCGACGCCUUGGCAGCAUAUUUUGUGCGCGCUUUAUUGCUUCCCGGGGCGAAAGUUUUAUGUUGCAUCGGGGGUUCGUUUUUUUUGUUUGUUGCUGCCUUUUUGCUUUCCAUAGCUUGAUAAAUUUGUGUGCUUCUUUUCUAACCCCCCACCCAUUCUCAAGUCCUGUCUUAAACCGAUUGUUGUGCCGUUGCCUUGCUGGAGAACGUCCUUAAGCCAGAGCGAGGCCCUUUCCGUUUAGCUUUGCUUUCUCUACCCGUACGCAUCUCUCCACCUGCUUUCGUGCACUAAUUAUGCUUCAUCUUGUGCUGGGUGUGUGUGUGUGUGCUAACGUGCGCUACUAACUGGAACGCGAAAGAAGUGGUUGAGCUGCCCAGCUUUCCCCCCAAACGUUGUACUUCUUGCGUUCAAAAAUUGCAUAAACACUCCGCACUAACGAUAAAUGCAAGCGGAAGUGUGCGCUUCUCGUUAGGAUGAAGGCUUGUUUUGGCAAAUUAUAUUACCCGUUUUGCAGCACUCAGGAAAUGGAAAUACACUGGAGCUUUGGAGCGCCGUCUUUUUUUAAUUAUCUUUACUAAAGCUAUUAAUUUUAGCCGGAGCACUCGCGUCUUGUUGUACCAGGAAGUAUAAAUCAUCACCGUUUUGUGGUGGCGGUGUGUGCUUUACAGCGCGCCGUUUACGUCUAGUGCGAGAUCAUAAUCUGGUGCACUUACAUUCACAUUAAGCGAGCAAUAAACUUCGAACCGCCAAUCCGAACGAUUGAUGGACAGCGAGCGAGCGAGCGCAGCUUCUGGGGGCCACCGCUGGUGGGGUAAUCACAGGCAGCAGGCACACGCACGGGCUGCAUUCUAAGCACAGUAGCACAUACCGAUAUAUGGUGUACAGAUGGCUAUAUCGGUGACCUACAACUCACCCCAACUACGGUGUCCCUACGGUGAGACAGAGCCUCUUGAGCCGAUAAAAUAUUACACAUUCAUGAACGACACACGACAGUGUGUUGGCAGUGUAGAUGCAAAGAGUAAAACAAACACAGCAUGUCUGCAGAUUCGUACGUGGACAACGUACGCCCGAGCAGCAGUGGCGGGAAAGGAAUGAACAAGCAUGUGCCGAUGACGAUUGUUGUUGUGCACAUCAAACAAACGACGACAAAACUUUGAAGAAAUCCCCUUCGUUAAUCACACACAGCGCAGGCAGCAGCGGUGGUGAUGGUGGUGGUGGUGGCCGCUAACUUUGCACCGGAACGUGUGCGUCAUCCUAAGGGGACACACACACAUCGCAUUACGUGUUCCCUGGCUGUUUGGUUUGGUUCUCUCGACAGAAUAUCGCGAUUCAGUUGGCAAGAUCUUCUCCACCCGAGAGCAGGUCCUGCAAGAAGACCUGCACGCGGAAUUGUGUCCCCAUCGGGCCCGGCAAUUGAACUGUAUUUGAACGUGUGCAUUGCUUUUUUAACCAUCUCUUCUCUCACCUUCCAGUAUGAUGUGGUGAAUUCUGCGUAGUUCUGCGCAAAUCUCCGUAACGAUCCUCGUAAACACUGAUUGAUCGAUCGAUCGCAAUAUCGUGGUGGGAACUGUGUUUACGUGCUUGUGUGGAUGUGAUGUGUUUCUUUUACAGUGUGACAGAAUAAACGCACAGUUCCAGCACGGUUUUAUGUCGCUCGGUGUUAACGGGUGCAGCCUAGCAGAGCAACCGUGAGAGCAAGCAGAGGAGUGAAACUUCAUAAUCAGCAACACGUUCCCCAAUCAUCAUCAAUCGCAAUCAUUGCGCUCCUCUGUGCGGCACUCCACCAUCCUUAGGACAGGGUCGACGGCACGAGCGCACCCAGCAUCACCGUCACCAAAACCACCACCACCACCACCACCACCAUCACGACGGAUUCUACGUAGCAUACUAACACCCCCCAAAACCGUUUCAAGUUGGAAGGAAAAAUCUUCUCGGCGGUGAACAACUUUCUCACUGCAUCGACCUUCGUCAAAGACAUCAGACAACUGAUCAUGACCCGACAGACAAACAACGACCCUACGACUGCACCGGAGGCGGGACCGAACGCGGGCAAUGAGCAGCAGCAGCAGCAGUACCAUUCCCAUCGUCCCGACUCGACCAGCGGCCACAGUGGCGGUGGCCGGUCGAGUUCCCGCUCCCCGAUCGAUCCGUACCGGCAGGACAGCCUCAAUCAACCGCCCAGCGACUGCUCCAGCCUGGACGGGAACGUGUUCGUCGAGGGUGGUGCGAACGUGCCGCUGCACGGCAAACAGCGCCGCUCGCAGACGACCGAUUCGCUCACGUCCGGCACCAACAUUAGCUACAGCCUAAACAAACGCUUCAUCUCGAAGAACCAGAUGAAGGAGUUCCGGGAGGCGUUCCGGCUGUUCGACAAGGACAACGACGGUUCGAUCACGAAGGAGGAGCUCGGGACGGUGAUGCGCUCGCUCGGGCAGUUUGCCCGGGUCGAGGAGCUGCAGGAGAUGCUGCUCGAGAUUGACGUGGAUGGCGAUGGGAACGUCAGCUUCGAGGAGUUUGUCGACAUCAUGUCCAACAUGACGGACACGGUGGCGGAAACGUCGGCCGACCAGGAGGAGCGCGAGCUGCGCGAUGCGUUCCGGGUGUUCGACAAGCACAACCGGGGCUACAUUACCGCGUCCGAUCUGCGCGCGGUGCUGCAGUGUUUGGGCGAAGAUCUGGACGAGGAAGAGAUCGAGGAUAUGAUCAAGGAGGUGGACGUGGACGGUGACGGGCGGAUCGAUUUCUACGAGUUUGUGCACGCGCUCGGCGAGCCGGAAGAUUCGCAGGAAAACGAUGAGGAUGAUGAGAUCGUUUCCCAGCGCUCCCCGUCGUUCGAUGUGCAAGUUUAAGGCGCCGAGCCGAGGCAGCGUGCCAAAGGACAGGCAAAGCCAAUUUUAUCGAAAAUACUACGGCGGCAGUUUAAGCAACUUAAUCGUAUUUUCGCUUCAUCGUAACAUUUGGAUAGGUGUGAAGGAACGCGCCAGCGUUCAAUGAUACUCCGCAAUUUCAAUGUUCUGCAAAGUGCACACACACACACAAUGGCGAAGAUUACGCAAAUUACACCAAACAACAACAACAACAAAAAACGCACUAUGCUCGCAUAUAACUUAAAAAAGCCAAAUUUUUAAAAGUCUUUUUCCAUCGUAUUUACUGUUUCACAUGAAGAAAGCAAAACCAACAAAAAAAAACUAAAAAAUAAAUACAAAAAUAUACACUCGGAUAAAAAUAUAAAAAAGAAGCAAUUACCACAUACCAUUUGAUAGGAAAUAAGAAAUUAGGUGAAAAAGCAUGUUACCGCGCUAGCAAGGAAAGCACGCCACAAGAUGAUGCAAAACAGAUGUUUCGCGAACUCGAUAUCACUUUUUCCGAAAUCGUUUUUCUCCUCUUGCAGCUACCGUCUGCGACCGUGUUGCUGCAAUCACUGUGUUCGCCUACUAUGAUAAAUAUGUCUGGUACUGUACACGGAGCACUAACGGAAAACAUAUCAACCGCAAGGAUGAUGUUGCUUGCGCACAACUGUAUGGGAUUGCGCAAAACGUGCUCUAUACAACACGCAAGCCGGUACCGGCGCGCGGUAAAUCUGGUAGAACUAUUUAAAUGGAAUUUAUUUGAAUCUAGCUUUUCAAGCCAUUUCUUUUCACUGGUUAAUACUGUACAUUUAUCAUUGUUGAACGAUGAGCGUGUGGUCUUAGUGUGGUUGAGUUGGGGGGCGAUUUGCGCCAACGUACACGCGAAUGCAACUAUUAGCUAAUAGGUAUGGGGACAUUAUUAAAACAUUCAUCUUGUAAGCGAUGCACUUACUUUAUAGACCAGUUAGGUUCAGUAUUUUUGGACUGUGUAUGCGAAUUUCUUAAGGCUUGUAAAACUCUCUAUGUCAUAAACAGUGGCGUGUAGCACGCGCGAAGUGCUGCAUAAAGCAAUGUUUUGCAUUUAGUCUUGAAGGGUAAAACAUUAAAAAGUUUAAUAUUUUUCCCACAGUUGCUGACGGUAAAAGAUAAAUCAUCAAUAUUCGCAAAUCAAAACUAUACUACGAUAACAUAUUGAAAGAUGCUAUUUAACAUUGCAUUGCAAACACGCAUAAUCACGUACCAAACUUUUGAGGAAAGUCACAAACGUUCGUUACCACAUUUGCCCACGUGUACAAUCUUGAGCGUAACACUAAACAUCAAUAAAUGUUAAGGAAUUUUAUGUAUGUUUAA